GUUAACACAAAAUUAGAAUUUCUAACUCUAAGCAAUCUCAUGCGUUUCAUAUAGGGCAUAGCUUUAAUCAAAUAAAGUUUGCUGGUUAAACAAAUCCAAAUAGUCAAUACACCGGAAAGAGUUAAUGUAACCUAACUGUAUACCGUCACUUUCAAUUACAUCCGCACUAUAGUCAGUCUUUCGUUACAUCGUAUCUUUGUAUUGAUUAUAAGAUGUAUCAUAUAUAUAUGUAUAUAUAAUACAGUAUUUCAUUGCAUAUAUGCCAGCUAUAUUUGUUAUGUCUUUUACCAAUGCAUUGUCUAUUAGUGGCAGCAGCUUCAAGUCAGUGCACUCUUCGUAGAACGAUUUGUGUAUAGGUAUUCAAGCUGAGUGUACAGUAUACGACAGCUAAUUAUACGAUCAAAAAUGUCAUUUUCUUAAUUAAGUGACAGUGCUUUUUCUUCAAACUGUAUCCCUCUUCUGCUUGAAAAUUUUCUGCAAUUUAUAAGAGCGAAAUACUUCGCUGAAAAUAAUGCCAGGAUGUCACACUAUAAUAGAAGUACAAAUAAUCAAAGAUCUGCGGUGAUUGAUUAUGAACGUCAGUUUCAAGAAGAUUUAGAACGUGCUCAAGCAUUAAGUUUAGAAAGUUUGGCAUUAGAAAAAUUUAAAUUACAAAAACAACGAUCAGAAUUUAAUAAUAUUCAACAACAACAUAUUGCACAAAGUCAUGAACAUGGAGGAAAUAAUUCUGUACAUAAUAGUUCAUCAGACAGAGAUAACAUGCAAUUUGAAAAAUUUCAGUGUAGAAGUAGACCAAGGCCUGGUUUCUGUAAUACUAAUCAAUCUAGAAAUGCUGUGAUAUUAGCACCACCACCUGUUCCAUCUAGAAGAAAUUCAACAACAGCUACAACAAGUCAAGAACAUACUGUUGAUUUGAUUAAUUUUACAAGUCCAGUUAAACAAGAUAAUUUAAAUGAUUAUUGUUCACCUCCAUUUCCACCUCCAAAAACAUCUCUGGAACCAAAAUGGGAAACUCAUUCUUCAUUGUUGAAAAAACAGGGAAGAAUAUCACGUAGCACUAGUUCUGCAGGUUAUCAUUCCAGAGAUUUUCGAUAUCAAUCUCUUUCUCCAGGCCCUAGAUCUUCUACUGCACCUUGUACACCAGGAACUCCAAAAAUUAGUCCUAUCAUGUCAAGAUCUAGUAAUAUUAACAGUAAUGUACCUGACAUAACACCACAACCUGCAUGGAAUCUUAAUGAUUUUAAAUAUUAUUUUUUUACACAGAUACCUCCACUACCUAUAAAUUACAGAUCAAGUAUUACUCCAUCUAUAUGUGGUGUUCAAAAAUCUACAUUUUGUACGGAUGAUGAACAACUAAAUGUAUUAAAAGUGAUAGAGAAAAAGCCAAAUAAUAAUCUUAUAGAUUUGAGUUCUUUUGAUCAAAUAGAAGAUAAAACAAAUGUUCGAGUUAGUGUAUUAGAAGCAUUUGAUCCAUUACUUGUUAAGACUGAAGAUCAAAAUGAUAAUGCGCAAGGGCAUAAAGAUGAAAUGCAAUCACAAGUUACUGGAUCGGUAUAUGACCCAUUUGAUCCUUUUGAUUAUAUGUAUAGCACAAAUGAAAGUGUUAAUUCAGAUCCAGUAUAUGUUGCUGUUGAAAAAUCUGCUAAAUCUCCAGCAGUAUCUCCAGCUGCACCACCUCCACUACCUCCUAGAAAUUCAUCAGCUUGGAAUACUAUUGAAAGAAGAAGAACUUCCUUAGAUAGAAGAAAACGACAAACACGUUUAUAUGAAAAUGUAACAGUAAGAAAAACUAGACCAUCACUUCGUGAUUGCGAUCUUAGAGCUUUCUAUGAAAUGAUAAAAUCUGUACGAAGUGAAUUUCCAUUUAAUAAUCCUAGUACAAAUAUUGGACAUAUAAUCAGUCCAAUGAUGGAGAACUUAUAUCCUGAAGGCACAAGUAUAAAAUUAGUAGUACAUCCACAAUUAAUAGAUUUUGACGAAAAUAUUCCGUCCAUUUCGUUCACGUGCGAUGUAAACUGUAGUAUUGAGCAUGUUAUUCUUAAUGUCGCUUGUUCCUUAGAAGAUGAAGGUACAGUAAAUAUAGAAAAAUAUUGUUUGAGAGUAUGGGGUUUAGCAGAAUAUUUUGCACCUAGUACAACUUUAGCGCAAUAUGAAUAUAUACAUCAAUGUAUCAAAUUAGAAAAAGAUAUUGAAUUAGCUAUUUUAACUAAAGCACAAAUAAAACGAUCAAUAGCACGAACACUGCAAGAUGAUAAUCGUGAUCAAUGUCUUAAACUAGAAGAUAUUCUUCCAAAUGAACCAGUACAACCUAUUUCGUAUGAUACGCUUCUUAUUUUGUUAGAAACUGUAGAAAAAGAAAUGGAACGUAUAGAAACUGCUGCUAUACAAUUGGCAACUACUAAUCAUGGAUCCAGUCUUUUACCACAAUUACAACCCCGUGGUGUUGUUCAAGCAAUAAAAGCAGUGUGUGCAUUAAUGGGAAAUAUAGAAACAUUUGAAAUCACAGAAGCUGUUGAUAAUUUCGUAAACGCAUGUUGUCAAUUUUUACCUCAAGUUCAUACAACAAAUAUAGAAUGCAAAAAACCCGAAAUUUUACAUGAAGAUGGAGAUUAUUCAGUAGUGACUUUAAGAACAAAAUUUCCAGACGUUAUUGCAUCUCAUUGUCGAAAAAUUCGCAAUGCAAUUCAAGAUCUUGUAGAAACUUAUUGUCAUGCAUUUAAAGUUGAUUUUGAAUUAAAUAGCAAGGGAGAAAUUCCAACAAAUAUAUUAAUCUCGUCUGAAGUAUUAGAUACUAUUUUAGUUCGCGUUGGAGCAUUGCACAGAUUACCGGGAUCAUGGAAGCAUGAUGAUUAUAUCAUCGCAGCUCAAAUAUUUCAUGGAACAAGGCCUGUUGGAACUCCUGUUUUAUCUGAACCUAUGGCAGUCAGUUCUAAUUUUUAUCCGAGAAUUUUAUUUAAUGCAUGGCUAGAAUUUCGCGGAAUAAGCGUAUGUCAAGUACCAAGAGAAGCUAGAUUAGUACUGGUUUUGUAUGGUCGUACAUUGCAACCUACUGAACAUGAAUCUAAUUCCUCAGCAGAAAAUAUCAUGCAGAAAGAAGAAUUAGGAUGGGGAGCAAUUCAAUUUUUUGAUUAUGAAGGAAUUAUGAGCCAAGGAAGCUUUUUUUUAUCACUUUGGCCAGCAAUUGCUGAUAAAAGAUUAGGUCCUGCUCCAGCACCUGGAAUUCAUCCUCAUGGAGAUACUCAUGCUAUUAUUGGUGUGGAAUUACCUGAUUAUGGAGGAAGAGUAUUAUUCCCGACAGAAUUACGUGAUUAUGAUGUAGAAUCUCUUGAUUUUAAUUCAUUGGAUCAGAAUACACAAGAAUUAUUAAUAGAUAUCACACAACAAACUACAUUUUCAAAACCACUUAUUGAAGAAAGAGAAAUUUUAUGGGAAAAACGACAUUAUUUACACGAUAAACCUGAAGCUUUACCUAAAGUACUUUUAGCUGCUCAUAGUUGGGAUUGGGCAUGUUUACCUGAUCUUCAUGCAUCUCUUAGAAUUUGGAAUCCUUUGCCUCCUGUUCAAGCUUUACAAUUAUUAUUACCUUGUUUUCCAGAUAUGAAAGUUAGAGAAAUGGCAGUUGGAUGGAUUCGAGAAUUAAGUAAUGACGAACUUGUAGAUUAUUUACCACAAUUAUUACAAGCAUUAAAACAUGAAACAUAUGAAACAUCUCCACUUACAAAGUUUUUAUUAGAACGAGCCUUACUCUCUCCACGUGUAGCCCAUCAUAUUUAUUGGUUAUUAACCCAAGCAUUGCCAGGACAAAGUCCUCAAAAUUCUGCUGAAACUACACCAGAAGAUGAUAAAAAUAUUAGUUCAGCACGUUAUCAUAGAAGAUUGCAAUUAAUGCUACGAGCAUUACUGGCCGUUAUAGGAGAUGCAUUAAGAAAUAGUUUUCUUACACAACAAUUACUUGUUAAAAACUUACAUGAAGUAGCAGAAAAUAUUAAGCAGACAAAAGAAUCAUUACGUUUGGAUACUCUUAAAAUUGGUUUACAAAAUAUACAUUGUCAAUUAAUGGAAGAUGAUGGUACUUGUUUACCAUUAUCUCCUAGUAAACAAGUAUUUGGUAUAAAUGUACAAAGUUGUUCGUAUUUUCCAUCACUUACUCUUCCUUUGAAAAUUAAUUUCAUUAGUUGUGAUGAUGUAAUUUGUUCAGCGAUUUUUAAAGUUGGAGAUGAUUUACAGCAAGAUAUGUUAACUCUUCAAAUGGUUCGUAUUAUGGAUAAACUCUGGUUAAAAGAAGGUCUUGAUCUCAAAAUGGUAACAUUUGCAUGUGUACCUACUGGUCAUAAACGUGGAAUGAUAGAAAUGGUUACAAAUGCAGAAACGUUAAGAAAAAUACAGGUUGAAUUUGGCUUAACUGGAUCAUUUAAAGAUCGUCCGAUUGCUGAAUGGUUGGCAAAACAUAAUCCUUCAGAAUUGGAAUACGAACGAGCAGUUGAGAAUUUCACAGCAUCUUGUGCGGGUUAUAGCGUUGCUACUUAUAUUUUAGGAAUUUGUGAUAGACAUAAUGACAAUAUUAUGUUAAAAACAUCAGGUCAUUUAUUUCAUAUUGAUUUUGGAAAAUUUUUGGGUGAUGCACAAAUGUUUGGAAAUUUUAAAAGGGAUAGAACGCCAUUCGUAUUAACAUCUGACAUGGCUUAUGUUAUAAAUGGUGGAGAUAAACCAUCAGCUAAAUUUCAUCAUUUCGUGGAUUUAUGUUGUCAAGCAUUUAAUGUAGUACGAAAACAUGGAAAUUUACUUCUCCAUCUUUUUGGAUUGAUGACUUCAUCUGGUAUUUCUGGUGUGACUGUGGAUGCAGUUAGUUAUGUACAAAAAGCUCUUCUUCCAGAGCAAACAAAUCCUGAAGCAGCUGCAACAUUUGCUCGAAUGAUAGAAAGUUCACUCAAAAGUUGGUUUACACAAUUUAAUUUCUUUCUACAUAAUUUAGCACAACUUAGAUUUUCGAGUGAUCAUAAUGAUGGAGCAUUAUUAUCUUUUAUACCUCGUACAUAUACAAUGCAACAAGAAGGACAGUUAACAAGCGUUCAAGUACAUGGAUAUCAAAAACGAUAUGAUCCUGAAAAAUAUUAUAUGUAUAUCUUGCGUAUAGAACGAAAGGGUCAUGCAGAUCCUACUUAUUUAUUUCGAUCAUAUAAAGAAUUUUGUGAAUUUUAUCAAAAAUUAUGUAUACAUUUUCCUCUUGCAAAACUUGCUAGCUUACCAAGCGGUAUUAGCGUCGGAAGAUCUAACAUAAAACAAGUUGCUGAUAAAAGACGAGCAGAUAUUGAAAAAUUUCUUGUAAGUUUAUUCAAAAUGGCACCAGAAAUUUCUCAGAGUGAUUUAGUAUAUACUUUCUUUCAUCCAUUGUUAAGAGAUCAACAAAAUGCUGAUAUUCAUUUAAGCAAAGUAAAAGUUGGUAAUUGGUGGGCUGAAAAGCGAGUAAGAGAUAACGUACAAAGUGGACAAAUUAAAAUGUCUCUUCAUUAUACACGUGGAACAUUUUAUGUGAUGGUUUAUCAUGCUAGAGGCUUGCCUAAAGUAGCUAAUUGUCAGGAACCAAAUACAUAUGUUAAAGUUUAUCUUAAACCAGAUCCUACUAAAAAGACAAAACGAAAAACAAAGGUUGUAAAGAAAAAUUGUCAUCCCUCAUUUAUGGAAAUGCUAGAAUAUAGAAUGGCUUUGGAUGUUAUUAAAGAAAGAACUCUGGAAGCUACAAUAUGGAAUCACGAUACUUUACAAGAAAACGAAUUUCUUGGAGGAAUACGUUUACCGCUUAGACGUUUUGAUUUAACAAUUGAAACAAUUGAAUGGUUUUCACUUGGAAGUAUUCGAUGAAUGAAUUGUCAAUUGAAAUUUAAGAAAAGAUUUAUUAAUGUUUAUAAAUAUUUGCUUUAAUAAUACGCACAAUAUUAACUAUAAAAUUUUUUUGAAUUAAAAUGCACAACUAUAAUAGUGCAAUAAGAAAAAUAGAAUGAUCGACACGUGCUUUUAAUAUUUAGUGAAAAUGCUUCUUAAAAAGUUAUAACAUUGUACAAUCUAUUAUAUAAAAUUACAUUCAACUAAUGUAUACAUAAACAAGAGAGGCAUAUUUCAUAAAAUUAUUCUCUUUGCAAGAAUUGCCAAAGUAUAAAA